UCCUGCAUCGGGCUCCCUGCUCGGCGGGGAGUCUGCUUCUCCCUCUGACCCUCCCCACUCUCAUGCUCUCUCUAUCUCAUUCUCUCUCUCAAAUAAAUAAAUAAAAUCUUUUAAAAAAAAAAAAGUACAAAGAAGAAAGGUACAGCUAGGUUUGAAUUUUGAUUUUGCCAUUUAGGCGCUGAGGGAGGCCACCUCUGAACUUCAGUUUUAUCAUGUGUCAAGUGAAUGUGGCAAUAACACCUCUCGAAGUCGAUGUGAGGAUAAGAGAGGAUGUAUUUGAAGUGUUUCUCAUGGUGUCUAGCACGUAGCACGCCUCAAACCUGGUUGCAGAAGUAGUUAUUACUACCUUUUUGUGACCUGACUUUAAGGGCCAUAGCAAUAGCACAAUUUGUAGCAUAAAUUACUAACGUUAGUGCUUUAAAAAGAUAUCAAAUAUAAUGUUCUUUUCUAAGGUCUUGGUUACUCUCAGGCCUUUGGGAUAGAAUUGUGGUCUUUCCAUGAAAUAAAGUAAAUCAGCACUGGUAUUUACUGAGAAAAUUCCUAAGUUGAACGGCAAUCCUGUAAUUAAAAAGUCUCUGGGUAAGAGGAAAUCUAGGGAGGACUAUUGUUCCUAGUUGAUUUCUGGUGAUCGAUGCUCCAAAGAACUGGAUUAAUAUGUUCACAGAACAUUGUUGUAGUCAGUAACCGUAUUUCUUUCUAUUUCCAGGCAUUUUUACAUAAAUUCACUGAAUGGGUGAGUGGAAAUCCCAACAAGGACAGGAUUCUCAUGGCUGGAGGUAGCCAAGGUACCUUCAGGCCUGGCUCCAACCCUGGGUUCACAACAUAUGAAAUGAAAAUUGGUACAGUUACUUUCCAGAUUGCUACCGGAGAUAUUACCAAAGAAAAGGCAGAUGUGAUUGUAAACUCAACAACAAGGACAUUUAAUCUGAAAUCAGGGGUGUCAAAAGCAAUUUUAGAAGGUGCUGGACCAGCUGUGGAAAACGAAUGUGCUGUACUAGCUGCACAGCCUCACAGAGAUUUCAUAAUUACACAAGGUGGAUACUUAAUGUGCAAGAUAAUAAUUCAUGUGCUUGGGGAAAAUGAUGUCAGGAAAACGGUUUCCACUGUUCUAGAAGAGUGUGAGCAGAGGAAGUACACUUCGGUUUCCCUUCCAGCCAUCGGAACAGGCAAUGCUGGAAAAAACCCAACCACAGUCGCCGAUGACAUGAUCAAUGCUAUUACAGACUUUGCACAGAAACAUCCCACCCCGUCGUUACAAAAAGUGAAAGUUGUCAUCUUUCUAUCUGAAUUGCUGAAUGUAUUCUAUGACAACAUGAAAAAGAGAGAAAAUUCCACAUCUCCUGUCCUUCAGUCCACAUGCUUUGAGACUGCAUUUUUAGGAUUCUACAGACAGCCUCCUAUAAUAUAUGGGAAAAGUACAAGAACUAUGGAACGCCGCCUCCUGACUGCUGAUUAUUCUUCUGUGGGGCAAAAUCGCUCCUGGAAAACAGGAAUUGCAAAGGAACAGAAAGAGAAUAGAAGUAAUCUUCCUGAACACUGGACUGACAUGAAUAAGCAGCUCUCCUGUGUGAUCAAGCUAUACCCCGGACAGUCAGAAUAUGACACCAUAAAGGACAAGUUCUCUGACACUUGUCUUUCCUACAAAAUAGAGAAGAUUGAGAAGAUACAGAAUAUAUGCCUCUGGCAGAGCUACCAGAUAAAGAAAAAGCACAUGGACUUGAAGAAUGGCCAUACAGCUAAUGAGAGAGUCCUGUUCCAUGGGACAGAUGUGGACUCGGUGCCAUAUGUCAAUCAGCAUGGCUUUAAUCGCAGUUAUGCUGGGAAGAAUGGUGCAGCCUAUGGAAAAGGAACCUAUUUUGCUGUUGAUGCCAGCUAUUCUGCUCAUGAUACAUAUUCCAGACCAGAUGGCAAUGGAAGAAAGCAUAUUUAUGUUGUACGAGUACUUACAGGAGUCUACACACGUGGACAUGCAGGAUUAGUUACCCCUCCAUCAAAGAACCCUCACAAUCCCACGGAUCUGUUCGACUCUGUCACAGAUGAUACACAAAAUCCAAAGCUAUUUGUGGUAUUCUCUGAUAAUCAAGCUUACCCAGAAUAUCUCAUAACUUUUAGGUGCUAAAAAAUAGGUUGUUUCUUUCUUUCUUUUUUUUUUUUUUCAUCUCAAAGAGAUGAUUUAGUCAUCUAUUUAUAAGAACAAUUUAUAGGGUUUUUGUCUUUGCCUUUGGCUUGUUUACAUAGAUAAAAAUCUCUCUGUUAGGUGCUAAAAUGCCGAAAACAGCCUUUUAAAAAUGCUCUAUUGCAAUUUGUAGCGUACCUCUUUUCUGAGCAUAUUGAUGAGUGGGAGCUAAGAAAUGUGGAUGACAUAAUUAUAGCUACAACUAUUUACAGACACCAAAUGUGUAGGAGAACAAAGAGCACAUUACUUUUGUCUAGCAGAAGAAAUAAGAUGAAUCACUUUAAAACCAAGAUGUCAUUGUUCUUAUAGAACCUGUUAAGACAUCAAACUGUGUUGGGCUCAACUGUACUAUUAAAUGAAUAGGCUGCUAAUGUGCAUCUGUAACAGCUGGGAAUUUUGCCUCCUGAAGGAAUACUUAGUAGCCAGAGCUCAGCUAGAAUGAUUGAAUCAAAUCUGUUAUGGAAUAAAUCAGGUAAAAAUGUGUUGUACCACUGUCUAAUUCUACAUAGCAAAUUACUACAAAAUUUAGUGGCUUUGUGGGUAAGGAAUUCAGGCAUGGCUUAGCUGGGUCAUUCUGACUUAGGGUCUCUCCUGAUUUGGAGUAAAGAUGUCAGCAGGGGAUUCCGUCUUCUGAAGGCUUGACUGGGGCUGGAAGAUCUGCUUCCAAGGUAAAUCACUCAAAUAGUUAGAAAGUUUUUGCUGGCUGGCAGGAGUCCUCAGUUUCUCUCUCCAUGGUCCUCUCUAGGCUGCUUGCUCAUGACAUGGUACUCCACAGUCAGCAAUUCGGGAGAGAGGAGGAGAAGGCAUGAUGUCUUUUAUGACCUAGCCUCUGAAGUCAUACUCCAUCUUUUCCACAGUAUCCUGUUGGUUCCACAGAUCAGCUCAUUCAGCGUAAACGGGAAUUACAUAAGGGCCUGGACACCAGUAGACAGUGAUCGUUGGGGACCAUCUUAGAGGCUGUAUAAAUGAGUGAAUGACUGAUACAUUAAUAAAAUGUGAGCAGUGAAAAGGACUCUAGAGGUCAUCUGAGCCCACUGUCCCCUCAUCUUUCUCCUCCCCCUCCCCCACUCCCAGGGCUUAGAGCCCUCAAGCCUCUGCUUGACCACUUCUAACACUCUACAUCUUAAGGAUCACUCACUCCAUCGUGAGACAACUUGAACUAUUGGAAAACUCUUGCUUACACUGAGUUGAAAUCUGUUCUUCUAUGUCUAUUGCCUGCGGAUCACUGUCCCAUGUUCUGGAGGACACAGAGCAUCUCCUUCCUUUCACAGAUGUGGUGGCCCUUCAGAUUCGUCUCUUCCCUCUAUUAUACUAGAGUUAGGUAAAUUCUUGAAAUACUUAGCAGCUUAUCCUGAAGCAUCACUUAUCAAGAGUUGAAGUGUUUACAUAAUCAUAAAUAAGCACAUGCACAUUAAAAGGAGUACAGGGAAGCUUAAAGAAAAUAACUCCCUUCACCAAACUGUGUAUCACUCAUAACUGCAACACUCACAGGAAACCACUGCCAACAUUUUUAUGUCCUCCCUUCUCCUUUCUUCUACAUCCACCUUCAACAAAGGCAAAGUCACACUUUAUUCUAUUACUUAACUAUGCAAUAUUGUAUCUACCUUUUUUCAUUUAACAUUAUAAGUGUUACCCUCAUGUUAUUAAUUUUUUCUGUAAACAUCAUCUUAAUGGCCAAGUUAUUCCACUAUAUAUUUUCCUUUUAUGUAUAUAUAACUAUAAAGUUUUUAAAAUGUCAUCAUCUUUUCUUAUAGUUUAGUAAUCUAAUUUCAUUUUGCAAUAUAUCUGUAUCAUUUCCCCCAUGUCAUUAAAUAUUUUACCUAUCAUUUUGAUGGUUGCAUAGUAUUUUGUUGUAUGUCUCCACAUAAAUGUCAUGUCAAAGUAGGGUGCCCUAUAUUUCUAAAUAAAUAUAUGGUUGGAUUAUGAGAUGCAAAGAGCAUAAUCUACCUUCGAUGAGACAGCGCAUCCUGAACUUCUUGAGGGAAACAGUCCUAGAGAGCAAAGCAAGGUUAAAUAAUGCUCUAUUAGUGCAUGGGCCUUGGCUCCCAACCCCAGUGUAGAAUUCUAGUGAGCCAGGUUGGAACAUAGAAGGACCGUUUUUACUUAGGUUAGGUAGGCUUUUACUUGCAAUGUGAACUGCUGUCUUCUGUCUCCUCCAAUGCUGUUACUCAAAGACCACCCCCCCAAUUUAUUUUGCUGUACUCCUACUUCACUAGAAGACAAAGAAGUCUCGAGUAUAAUACAUCCAUGUUAUUAAAGUUGUGAUGGUUUCUUGAGGAACAAAAUAU